UCCAAAGUAGCCAGAAGAAAUAAUUUAGUAUUCGUAUAUUACUAUGUUAUUGAGCCCCUGGAUAUUUUGAUUGUCCACUAGUGCUCAAAUUUAAAUUUUGGUGCAGCAACAGUGAGGCGUAAAUGCUGCCCGCCGCAUUUAUUAUAACGAUCACCACCACCACCAAUAUAAUCAAUAAUCCCAUUUAUAAUACCAACUAACACCCCUCCACCCACCCAACCACCCUCACCCCCCCAUCCCUCACGCCUCUCUAUACUUUAACACUUCCACACCACGCAUGCUUUAUAUGUUGUGCUUCUCUGCAACUCAACUGAUCACUUGGAAUAUAGAGAGAGAGAGAGAGAGAGAAAUGGAGCAGGGAAGGCGCAGUAGAGUGAAACUGGAGUCGAUAUUGAGUGUGGUAUCCGGCAAGCCAACCGAGCCCGGGAAAAUACACAAGCUGUCGUUGUUGGAUCGGGCCAUGCGCCCGCAUACGAUCCACAUUGUGUUCUACUACGGGUCGAACCCCUUCCUGGAUGGCCCGAUGCCGUCGGACCUGGGCAAUCUUCGGGUCACCCUAUCCGAAUUGUUGGAUGAGUACCCGUACGUGACGGGUCGGUUGACCCAGGAACCCGAUGGCGACUGGCAAAUCAAGUUCAACGACGCUGGAGUCCGGAUGCUCCAAGCCACCGUAGAUGCCACCAUCGACGAAUGGCUCAGAUCUGCCGAUGCUGCGGAGGAGCGGGAUCUCACGGCCUGGGAGGAAAUGCCACAUGACCCCACUUUCUGGUCUCCUUUUCGACUCCAGAUAAAUAAGUUCAAAUGUGGAGGAUUAGCCCUUGGAUUGAGCUGCACUCACAUGCACACCGACCUCACAAGCGCUACAAUGCUGUUCAAGGCAUGGUCGGAGGUCCACCGCCGUCAACCCCCCACACAUCCCCCUAUUUUUGAACUUCCGCCGCCCCUCACACCAACUCCGCCCAUUCCCACCCCCUCCCCCCACCCCACCGCUCCAACCAAACUGGCCACCGCCACCUUCAAGUUCUCCGCCGCCGCCGUCGACAAAUGCCUCUCACAAGCCCCACCCGGCGCCACCCCUUUCGACGUCCUGGCCGCCCUCUUCUGGUGCCGCGCCGCUCAGUGGCAGCCGCACGCGAGCAAGCGCUCUCUUUCCAUAUGCGUCGACUUCAGGGAUCAGGGGCAGCACCCGCCGGUGCCUUAUGCCUACUUCGGAAACGCCCUCCGUUUCUCGACGCUGACCGUGGACGCCGACGAUCUGCUGAGCGGCGGAUUGGGGCAGGUGGCCGGCCAUGUCCACCGGCACGUUGCCGGGAUGAGAAAGGAGGAGUUUUCCUCAGUUGUGGAUGAAAAUGGCAGUGGAGGAAUGUACGGCGGCGCUGCGCUGACGUGCGUUAACGCGGAGCACAUGGUUGAGGCGGAGAGUGGGCGGGGGAUCAUGUAUGAUGCAGAGUUCAAGAAGGGGGAGAGGCCCGUGCAUGUGAGCUACUGCGUGGGGAACGUGGCGGGGGAAGGGCUGAUUAUGGUGAUGCCGGCAGAGGAGGGCGGCCGGGGGCGGACCGUCACGGCCACCUUGCCGGAGGAGCAGGUGGCGGAGCUUUGCAAGGAUCAGGUGAUACUAGAUUUGGGGCCCAAUAUGAUCCUAUGUGGGAGGAGAUGAGGCCUUCAGUUUUGAUCUGACUUAAAUGAGCUACUCUCACUAAAAUUUAUUCAGUUUCAUCUAUUUGGUUGUAUUUUUUUGUUAUAGUAUUUGAUUCGGUAACCAUGACCUCAGUCAGAAGAAACGGAUGUAUGACUAUUUUAUUCAUUGUCUUGGUCACUGAGUAGAACUCGUUUAUUAUCAGAAUUUGAGACAAAUUCGGAAUGUU